GUCUCUCGGCACUUGCGUUCAUGGAAAACAAAAGCUCAACCGAAGCUCGGGACCUCGCCUUGAAUCCCGAAUCGAUUCAUUGAUCUAGAACGAGGGUGAGAUUGCUGGAGAAGGAGAUUUGAUUGUUUUUCUUUCUUUCGUUUUGAUCUCUGGUUUGAAUUCCAUGGCGUUUUCUCCCCGUUUUUGGUAGUUUGCUCCGCUUGAUCUGGAUUCUGAUCACCCAAGCGGUUUGAAUCUCGAUCUAGGGUUUGAGUGAGGGAUUUAAUGCAGGUUUGAUUUGGGUUUCAGAGAUGUGGUUGAAUUUAUUGUGAUUUUUCUUCAAUUUUUGGUGGGAUUUAAAACAAUAACAGGGCAAAAUGCGAGGCGUCCUUUACUUUCUGAGAUUGAAUGAUGAGAUAAAGAAGGAAUUUUGAUCCCUUUGGUUCAUUUUUGGUAUUUGAAUCUCCUCUUAAGCUAAUGGUUGGAAAGUGAAAUUGAAGAAAAUGUCGGGCUCUGAAAUACUGUUAACACAAUGUGAGAGAAAGGGAAGAAGAUUAGAUGGAGAGGUUUCUGAUGAUGAGAGUAGGAGGACUAAGAUUGGGGCUCUCAAGAAGAAGGCAUUCGGUGCUUCAACAAAAUUUACUCAUUCACUCAAAAGGAGAGGGAAGAAGAAGAUUGAUUACCAAGUUCCAUCAAUCUCUAUUGAAGACAUAAGGGAUGCCGAGGAGGAACAAGCAGUCUACUCCUUCCGGCAAGAGCUCAUCACUCAGGAUCUUUUGCCCAAGAAGCAUGAUGAUUAUCACAAGUUACUGAGAUUUUUAAAAGCUAGAAAAUUCGACUUUAAUAAGUCAUCUCAGAUGUGGGCAGAAAUGCUUCAGUGGAGAAAAGAUUUUGGGACUGAUACCAUAAUGGAGGAUUUUAAGUUUGUAGAGCUUGAGGAAGUUCUACAAUAUUAUCCCCAAGGUUAUCAUGGAGUUGAUAAGCAGGGAAGACCAGUCUAUAUUGAGAGACUUGGGCAAGUUGAUCAUAACAAGCUUAUGAACAUCACUACUGUGGAACGCUUUAUGAAGUAUCAUGUACAAGAGUUUGAAAAGGCCUUCUGUGAAAAAUUUCUAGCAUGUUCAAUUGCUGCCAAAAGGCACAUUAAUUCGAGUACUACAAUAUUGGAUGUGCAUGGACUUGGACUGAAGAGCUUAAACAAAACAGCAAGAGACCUUUUGUUAAAUCUGCAAAAAAUAGAUGGUAGUUACUAUCCUGAGACACUACAUCAGAUGUUUAUUGUGAAUGCUGGACAUGGUUUCAAGCUGCUAUGGAAUACUGUUAAGAGUUUCCUUGACCCCAAAACAACUGCAAAAAUACAUGUAUUAGGAACAAAAUAUCAGAGUAAAUUGCUUGAAGCCAUUGAUUCAAGCCAACUUCCAGAUUUCCUAGGGGGGUCAUGUACAUGCUCUGAUGCUGGAGGAUGUCUACGGUCUAACAAAGGACCAUGGAAUGACCCUACUGUCAUGAAGCUGGUGAGGAAAUUAGAUGGAACAUUUGCGAGGGAAACAAAGAAGGCUCUGGACAGAGAAUGGACCAAUGAAUCCUGCACUUGGCCACACAAGUUGAAAACAAGGCAGGGGAGAUUUAGUGAUACAUCAACAGCUGAAUCAGGAUCAGAUGUUGAUGAUCUUGGUUCUCCUGCUUUAUCUAGGAUGUCGGAUUUUUUUAUUUUGGAUCCUGUUCAUGAAGAAAUCAAGGUGAGAGACUCUACAGCCUCCUACAAUUGUGAUAACAAUUUUGUUGCGGUUAAUAAAACUGUAGAAUGUGGUCAAGGAGAAACAUCUGCCAUGAGGGCUGCUAUCGAACUUGAUAAUAAGAGGCACACUGAUAGGACAUCAUGUUCACCAGAUAAUUCAGCCUUAGAUAGGCAUACAGCCAAGGAUGGUGUGGAAGGAGGACGAGGAUUUUUAAGAAACAUUGCCAGAGCAUUUGUUGCAUUUUUGGUCAAAGUUCUGUCAAUCAUUCGUAUUUUGCAUCUCAGGAAAGACAAAAGAAGGUUGGAAAAUGUCCAUCCUUUGGAUGCAUCAGUUACAGAUUUUGAUCAAAAUCUUACUCCAACUCCUGUCAAGGAAGAGCCUGUUAAUCCUUGCUUACAGCGUCUUCAAAGACUUGAGGCAGUGUUCCAUGAACUCAGCAAUAAACGUGCUGAGAUUCCUCCGGAGAAAGAACGCAUGCUACUGGAGUCUUGGGAUAGGAUAAAGUCCAUUGAGUUUGACCUCAGGCAGACCAAGAAUGUAUUAAAGGCCACUAUAGUAAAGCAGAUGGAGAUCCAAGAUUCAUUAGCAUCUGUACAGGAGUCUAAUGUUGUGAAAAAGAAAUUUUGUUUGCAAUAGAAGAAAAAGGAAAAUUUACUUCACAUGCUUUAACCGGAAGAAGAACAAGAAUAGUUCAGUUCUUGUUACUGUUCUUGCUGCAGCCUUGAUGAAGGACAAUUAAAAGCAAGAGAACUAUUGUUGAUACUGAAACAAGAGAAAGGAAUGAACAUCAAAGAUACAAAGAGAAACUGCAAACAUGUUGUUUUUGAUUAUCAGUUAACUGAGUUCGGUUUAGUUCGGUUGGAGCAUCUCUUUUUCCAUUUUUUUCUUUUUUUUUUACUUGUAUAUAUAUAUACAUUGUGUGGAUAUGAACAAUUUUAAAUCCCAGAGAUGUGUGAAUAUUGGAUCUUUUUGAAUUGAUGAAAGGUUUUAC